AUUUCUUUUGCAGCAUGGAAGUUAAAUUGACGAAUGGUUUGCGGCGUGGAUCACCGUGUGGAUCGUUCCACAGGUAAAAUGACCUGAACACAGAAACGGCUGGAUUUUAUUCUCUUGACGGGAUUUUACGCUUUUUUCUUGAUUCUUUAAACUUCCAUUUGGAACUGUUUGUUUGUUUGUUUUUUUUUUACCUGGAUAAAGGUGAUUUCAAUCAAAGAUUAAUGACCAAAAACAUUUUUAACCAGCGCCACUUUGGUUUGCCGUAGUUUUCUAAUUGCCACUUUACCAAUUACGCACUGAAAAGUUCAUUUUUUUAACCUUAAAUUUGAAACUCAAAUUCUAGCUGCUUUUCACCAGACUUCUAAGCUACUUUACGCACGCAGAGCCAUUAGAUUUUUUGGGGGGAAACGUCGUGCUCACCAGGACACCACAAACUUUAAUAUCCCAUCACCCACUUUGGACACUUCCCAAGACGGAAUUUACCUUAAAAAGGAAACCCCAAAUCCACCUGGGCUGCACUGGAAUUAUUGGUUAUCGUCUCCAGAGAGUGGAUUAUCCCCAACUUCUGAUUGGCCGUGUCUCCUGAUUUGUGGUAUAGCAUGAACCUGGCAAUGGGCUGUGUGUGUCGGCCAGUGAGCUGGCCCCCCGGCAGUAUAUUGGACUCCAGACACUGUGUCUUUGCUGUUACACUCGUCAUGCUCCUCAUGCAGGUGGUGGUGGUGGAAACCAACACUUGGUGGUCUUUGGCCAUGAACCCGUUGCUGAUCCCAGAGGCCUACAUCAUCGGGGCGCAGCCUCUCUGCAGCCAGCUGGUGGGGCUGUCACCCGGCCAGAAGAAGCUGUGCCAGCUCUACCAGGAUCACAUGCAGUACAUCGGUGAAGGUGCCAAAACGGGCAUCAGAGAGUGUCAGUACCAGUUCAGACAUCGGCGUUGGAACUGCAGCACGGUGGACAACUCCUCUGUUUUUGGACGGGUUAUGCAAAUAGGUAGUCGAGAAACCGCAUUUAUGUACGCCAUCAGCGCAGCAGGGGUGGUGAACGCGGUGAGCCGUGCCUGCAGAGAGGGGGAGCUCAACAGCUGUGGGUGCAGCCGUGCGGCCCGUCCGAAGGAUCUCCCCCGAGACUGGCUGUGGGGCGGCUGCGGAGACAACCUGGACUACGGCUGCAGGUUCUCCAAACAGUUUGUGGACGCACGCGAGCGUGAGAAGACCCCUUUGAAAGGCACAUACGAGAGCGCACGGAAGAUGAUGAAUCUCCACAACAACGAAGCAGGAAGGAGGGCGGUGUCGGAACUUGCCCAUGCGUCCUGCAAAUGCCACGGUGUGUCAGGAUCUUGCAGCCUAAAGACUUGCUGGCUGCAGCUGGCCGACUUCCGCAAGGUGGGCGAUUUGCUGAAGGAGAAGUACGAUAGUGCUGCAGCCAUGAAACUCAACUCCCGUGGAAGGCUGGUGCAGAUGCACAGUAAGUUCAACGCGCCCACAGGUGACGAUCUGGUCUACAUUGACCCCAGUCCAGACUACUGCUUGAAGAACCAAAGCACGGGCUCCCUUGGCACAGUUGGGCGCCUUUGCAACAAGACCUCAGAGGGCAUGGAUGGGUGCGAGCUGAUGUGCUGCGGCAGGGGCUACGACCAAUUCAAGGCAGAGAUUGUGGAGCGCUGCCACUGCAAGUUCCACUGGUGCUGCUACGUCAAGUGCAAGCGCUGCUCCAAAACCGUAGACCAGUUCGUCUGCAAGUGAGAGGGAAUGCAGUGGGUGUUCACACAGUGUGAGAAUGGAAGAAAGAAACUAUAUAAAUUAUAUUUAUAGAGUUAAACAAUUAUGUCAUUGCAAAAAGACACUCUUUUUUAAAAAAAAAUAAUAAAUACUUAUGUCUUCAGAAACUGAGAGUAUUGUUGAAUAUUUAUUUUAAGAUAGUUAUGUUUUAUUCUGGCCCAGUUGUCACCAGGCAAGUUUUGUUUCCUUGUAUUUUUUGAGUGCCUAAAACUUUCUAAAAAAUCUUUUUCUUUUUCUUAAAAACCAUUGUCUUUUCAAAUGUCAAUAAUGAAUCAAACUGUGCUGCCAGUUUUCAAAAAAGCAUGAUGGUUUAUGUGGCAUUUUUUGGCUCAUGAUGCUCAAGUCGGACAGUGUGUCGGGACAGGAAUGCUUGUGGUGGGGUUGUCUCUGCAAUUCCAAACCCAGCCGUCACAUACUUGUCCUCUUUAACCACAACUACUGCAAAGGACACUGUUGGUUUGUGAGUCCUUGCUGGAUUGAGGUUUAAACAAGUGGGCAAUUUUUUUUCUUUUUUUUUUUUUAGGGGGGGAGGGGGUACUGGGCCAUUUACCAGAAGCUUUAAUACUCCCCAGGUGCUGCAACAAGGCCUCCAUCGUCAUGCACUUUGAUACAGAGUACAGUACGUCUGUUGAGCUGUUCUCCAUAUAUUCAUGUUAUAGUCUACAUUUUCUUCAUAUUAAUUCCAAGUAUCCACCUAACGUUAUUUUACAGUACUUAUGGUUUGAUUUUAUAUGGGCAGUGUUUUGGUUACAGUGGUUAAAUAUUCAAUGCUCUUUGUACAUAGUAUGUCUAUCCAGCCAAUCAGUAAAAUUGUGCUUAUUUUUCUUUUUAACCAGAUGUUCCUUUUUGAGCUUCGAGAAAGAAAACCAUUGUGUCCAUAGUGGAAAGGUUUUUUUUUUUUUUUUUAAGUCUGUGUCUUUGAGUUUUGUACUCACUAAUUUGGUUCUCCCUGAUGUGGCUCUUCACCUUUUUUUUUUUUUUUUUAAAAGGGAAAUGCACCUUAAGGUUCUGAAGAACAUGCUUCUCACUCAAGUUCAUCGUUACGGUUUCACGUGUUGCUUCUCACAUGAUCAGAUGUCCAUAAGCCUCUAGUACCACUCUGUUUAGUUCAUGAUUAUCUGAAAACUCUGUCACUUCAACUAUGUAUAUUUAUAAGCUUCUUUAUGAGUCUGACCUUUUGUUAAACAUAAUGUGUUGUAGCUAAUAUUUUGUUACUUUUUGAAAAUUGGCUCAGUGCGCUAUUGUUUCAAUAAAUAUCAAAUGUAAAACCAUCUGAAAUGUUUUUACCAAUGCUAAUUUUUCCAUGUUUGUUAAAGCCUUUUGUCACUUAACUUUUUAAUAUCUUAAAAAUCGUCUUCACCUCUGCCACUAAACUGCUGUAUGAUUCAAUUUUUUUUCAACGUUCUGUAAAAUUUCAUACUUUCUUUGUAGCGUCUUUCCACAAAAUGGCAGAAUUUGGUGCACAGCAGUUGUUGAAGGUAGAAUUUGACUCCAGAACUGCAGAAUUUGAGGAUGAUUGAAGUUGUAUUCAUGUGUUUUUACUGCAAAAUGUCUUUUACCCAGAUAAUAUAGAAAGGAACUGCAUUAAAAGACAUGCAUAUGCAUGCAUGCAUCACCAAACAUUGGCUAUGUGCUUCAAAGGAAAAGCAGAACAAUGAAUAAUUACUGAAAGGCUUAAAUUAGCAGCCAGUAGCAAAGCAAGCAACUGAGAGAAAAAAGGAAAAAAAAAAUUGAAAAAGAAAAGUGAAGGACUAACGUUACAAUGUAAACGCUUCUGAAAUUGACUAAUAUUUAGACUUGUAAGAUGAUAUACACUGUAGAAGCACAUUCCAGAUUUGACCCUGUCAGUUGACCCUGUGUGUGAGUGCAGCUGAACAGUUGUGCGUGUGUCCGGUUUGCACAAACUUUUCAACAUCAUGACAAGUGUUUACAUUUCUGAUUUUUGUCACACAGGCCAAAAAGACAAGUAAGAUACCAGGUUUCCAUGUAAAGUGGGGGAAUGAGGGAGCACAAAAGCUGUUUUUGAUGUUGUUUUGUUAAAGUACUAAGUAUCAAUUCAAGUGAAAUGAUUCCCAAAACUAAAAUUCUCAACAGCUUUGUUGUAUGAGAAGUAAGACUACAACUUUGUACCGUUCUGUGAACACUUGGGUCAAAUCCGUCUGGAGGAGACAUCUGAGGAGUGAAUGGCUUCAUAUUAGUUGUCUUUUAAAUUAUAUAAACACAAAUCCAGGUCAUGAUAUAGGUGGGGUGGAUGAUUGAACCUGCUUGUACAAAGCGGAUGCAGUACCUGACAGACAAGGGGAAAGACUAAUAUAUUUAAAUAUUCAAGCAAAACAGAAAUCUGGCCCUAAAAAUCAUUUCCCAACAUUCUUCCUUCUUGUAUACUUUUGACAGCUGAUGUGGGUAUUUUUUUAAUGCCGUGCCAAAAAUAAGUUUGGACUGGGCACACAACUAAAAGUGAUUGUGAAAGUGCCCACACUUCUUAGUAUUUCACACACACCAAAAAAAAAAAAAUAAUAGUGAGGAAUUACAACAAGAGAUAAACACAUCUGUAUACCCAUAAGUCAAAAACAGAGACUGUGAAAAGCAGCCUCAGACAAGGUGCUGUGCAAUGCAGACGUCAAUAAUCCUCUUUCAGAAUCUGUAGAAAAAGAAAAAAAAAAAAA